CAAUGGGCCUUAGCCUUAGAAAAAUAUAAUUUUCUUUUAGAUCUAAUUAGAUCUAGAUCUAGAAAAAGAAGAAUCCAGACCUAUCUGACUAGUUUCUAGAUUGUGCACAUUUAAACAUGGCAAGCUCUGAACCUCCUUUAGAGAAACUCUCUGACCAGUUCCUAAAUUGCUCUUUAUGUUUUGAGCAGUUUGUAGAGCCCAAAGUCCUGCCCUGUCAGCACACCUUCUGUUUACUUUGCUUGAGAAGGUAUGCAGCUCUACGGGGGUUGGACGCCUCCCUCCCAUGCCCUCUCUGCAAGGAAAUGUUUACCAUUCCUGGUAACGAUGUGGCUAAUCUUAAAAACAAUUUCUUUAUUGUCAGUUUGCUACAUUUUGUGGCAGACUCUAAAAAAAUACCUGCCAGGAGUGAUUUAGGGCCGGUGGAGAAGGCGAGCACUUGUGAACAAAACCAGACAGAUAAGGUGGCCACAGCCACAUGUGGUGCCUGCAAUGACCUCUCACCUCUAAACAGUUUCUGUGAGCACUGCUCGAUAUGGUUGUGUGUCACAUGUAGCAAGUCUCACUCUCGCCUGCCCUUGACCUCAACUCACCCAUUGCUCAGCAUGGAUGACGUAAACAUCAAGUGUAAGACUCUGGUAGAAAUUGGUGAGAAGGCCUUGCACGAGCUAGAGAUGACCAACACAGAGAAGCAAGAUAUUCUUUUUGCACAAAUCCAACAAAUCCCAGAAAAUAUUUUUUCACUUCGCCAGAAAAUAAGUUCAGCAGCUGAAGAAGCUCAGAAAAUUAUCAGCGAAAAAGUGUCAAAUUUUCUUCAACAGGUGGAUGAAUUUCAGAGGGAAGAGGAGAGAAACUUGUCAGAGAAGCUUGACGCAGUAGAGGAGACAAGGAAGGAGUUGGAGAGGCUGCAGACCAUGUUAGGGAAAGUUAAAAUUUCCAAUGAUGGGUUUCAAAACCAGGUGGCCAUCAAAACGGUAGAGAACUUUUUAAAUGGGUUGACAUCAUCCAACUUGAAAUGGAGCCAGGCUCGAUUGAGCUUGGCUUUCAACACUAACACAAACUUUUUUCAGGAGUUGAACAACCUUGAACUUGGCCAACUGAGGUCUAUAACAGACAAAUCUAUGCCUCUCCUUUUUUUAAAUGAAAGGGCCCUGACUCUACAUAAGAUAGAAAGACUUACUGAGAGAGAAUACAUUAGUGCUCUUGCUAUCAAUAAAUUUGCUGAGAAGUUCGUCGUCACCAGCAAUCAAACUGUCGUUGUAUUUAAACCAGACUCUCGAAUCCCUCGUUCAUUUGUGUCACCACUGUGUGAAAGAGUUGUCAACAAGCCUUGGGGUAUCGCCUACUCUGAAGCAGACGGUCAUGUCUUCAUCUCUGAAGCAGGCCGACAUGAAGGGGACGGGGCUGUCAUCUCCUACAGCCGAGAUGGGAAGUACCACUCAGUUAUAGCGUCAGGUCUUACCCUACCUCGAGGCAUUGCAGUUUACAAAAGUUUUAUUUUCGUCUGCGAUCAGUUAGAUAAAUGUGUCUAUAUAUUAAACUUUUUUGGUAAAAUUAUCCGAGUUUUAAAAAAAACAGCAGACGGCAAAAAUCUCUUCACGGCCCCAAUGUUUGUUUCUGUUGGUAAAUCAGGUCGCCUGGCUGUGUCAGAUGACUGUAGGUGUGUCAAAGUGUUUGACCAGGAUUGUAACCUGCUGUUCACGUACAUCUCUCAGUUACCAGACUCAGAGUUCUGGGAUGUCCACGUGACAAAGAAUAACGACGUCAUUGUGUGUGACUGGAGGCACGGCCUGCACAAAAUUUCCUCUCAUUUUAAAAGCAACGGCUUGGUUAGGACUGAGAGCAGUGCCCUGAUAGAGCCUUCAGCACUUGCUACUUUAGAAAAUGGUAACUCCAUUUACAUUGGAACAUGUAAUGGGGAUAUCUUUUCUGCAAUUUAAUUUUUUUUUUAUUUGAAAAGAACUGAGACUAGAAUCUAGUUGUAUCAUCUUUGAGUGAACUGUUUUUGUAAACCUUGUUGAGUUUUGUUUUAAACCUUAUCAAAAGCUUUUGUGAUGUCAGAUGUUUUUAAACUAGUCUAACAAUGUAUUUUUAUGUCCAAGUCGGCAACUGAAUCCUAUUGAAUGGAAAUCUUAGAUUGUUAAUUAGCAAAAACAUAACCUAGAUUCUAUACUGAUUUAUAAAGAUGGGGCAUGUUGAGAUUAAAAGAUUUAUAAGAGAGAAUUGUUGGAAAAGUGGGAAAACUAUUUUUCUUAUGAGUCGUUAAACAAAGGGUGACAUUGAUGCAAAACCUUCUGGGAAAUUUUUGUUACCCAUUAAAGAAUGUUAUUAAGGAAUGUAUGAAUUUAUAUACAUAAUACCAUAAAAAUAUAUACCUAUAAAUAUACAAGUGUGUUCCAUGCAAGUUAGUAAACUUAUAUCAAGUUGGCACCCAUUUACUCUAGUUGGCUGUGGGGUGUUUAAAUUUUAUUUUAUUUAUCUUAACCUAUUUUAAAACUUUUAAAUACAACAAAUGCUGUAUACCCAAUUGUGAUUUUUGUUUUUAAAUACUGAACCUACUUAUAUAAGUAGAAAAAUUAAUUUAUUUUUUAUUGAGGGGUAAACUGUCCCAACUAUAUUAGUAUUUUUAGUUUCUUGUAUGACUGAGUCUACCACAGUAAUGGGAGACAACAAAUGCUGGUUAUUUAAACUUUAUUCUGCAUUUCAGCUACAUAGUACUCAGUAGUGAAUAAGAAAACGGUUAAAUGUUAAGAAAAUAUUUCUUAUGAAAGUAUAUUUUUUUUUUAACUUUUAAUUGAAAUUAAUCAAAACAUUUUCACUAUUUUCCCAAGAAAUUCAGUAAAAUAUUUUAAUUUACUAUGACUUUAAAUUGAUUGGAGGUCUACAUUUACAUGCCUCCUUAUUUGUAUUUGUUGUACAGCCCUUAUUGUAGUCUAAGGUUACUGUUAAGUUAAUGUUAGAUUUAAGCCCUGUUUGGUUGUUUAAAGUUGAAUGUAAGGUACAAGCCCUGUUUUGCUAAGGUUACUGUUAGGUUAAUUUUAGGAUGAAUUCUUUCAUUUUAAAGUUUAAUCAAUAAUAGGAUCUGUGCCUAGGGGAGAAAUAAUAAUUAGAAUUGCUUAGAUCACAAGGUAAGAGUCCUCUAUUGUUACUUAGAUCAAAAGUGAGGGUUAGCUGGUGUUACUAAGACGACAUAGUGAACUUUUAUGUAAAGUAGAUGUUAUGUUGAGUUUAUGGAUGAUGUACAUCCACAUUCAUGUCUUUUACAUCUAAAGUUAUUGUAGACAUGUGAUAUUUUUGCUACUGUAUUUUGUGUAUUUAAUUUUUGUGAAUAAACUUGUAUCUCUUCCGG